AUGUUUAAGAGUUUGUUGGUCACGAUACUCUCAGUAGCGAUACAGGCUACGACCACAUCCAAGAGCAUAAAGAUCGGAUAUCGCCAUGCGUUUUUUAGGAGCGGAACUGGCGGAUUGGCGGACGGGGUCGAGUCGCGGCGCGUUUUCGGCGGGGUUACGGUCGAGUUGAACGAGUUUCCGGCCGUAUGCGCCCUGUUGGAUCGCUAUUGGUCGGCUAGAUGUUCAGCGACCAUCAUUAAGGAGAACUGGGCGAUAACCGCCGCGCAUUGCAUCUCGCGUCGUCUCGCCUACGUCAAAUAUAACACUCGCCGUCCCUCGUCGACAGAUGGGGACGUCACGCCGAUCCACUAUCUGUACCGACAUCCCGAAUACGCGGUCCGGCAAACUGACGAAGGUCAAGGUCUCGACGUGACAAUGCUGCACAACGAUGUGGGUCUGGUGCGCACGCGCAACAAGAUGCGUCUCACUUUCAAGCCCCAGGAGGACGUGCUCACCGGCUUGCGGCGAUACAACCCCCUCGAAUUAAACCACAAAAAGAUUAAAGUGUUAGGAUUCGGUCGCACAGAACGGACUCUACUGGGCGAGGAAUUGUUCUCAGUGGAUUUGAUGUUGGUGGGUUGUGAGCGAGACCGGUGGUACCACUGCAUGUGCGCUGUGGCGGGGGAGGCGGAGUCGCGGGGCGUCUGCUCCGGCGACUCGGGGGGACCGGUGCUCUAUGAAGGGGUUCAGAUUGGAGUGACGUCUAUGGGGCCAGUGGAGUGCGCAGAAGCACGACCACCGCCAGUCGGCGUCACCAGCGUCUUCACGACUUUGCGACAAUAUGCAGACGUCAUUAACGCAACUAUAACGGACAUGGAGACAGCACUUCGUAUGAGAAAGAUUUCGGCAGCUACACAAACGCAAAUAGACGCGCUACUUUUAGAGCGUGUUUACUCGGAAAUGAGCGAAGGUCACCCUACACUGCUACAGUGUGGAUGCAUGGGCAUUUUUGCUCGGUCCGAGAUGUGGACCUCGUGA